GUCAACAAGAGAAAAUGUUCAAACAAGGCUGAUUUCGGAUAGGAAAAAAAAUCAUGUUUCUGUUCAUUUAGACCACGAUGACCUUAAGCGGUUGUCCACAUUUACAUAAACUGAAGUCUGAUAAGGGCACCGAUUGCUACAAAAUCCUUUAUGCAUGCUUCAUAAGUUGUAAAACAGCGGAUGCGAGGCGUCGCAAGGCAAAGCACAGUGUGUGUCAUACAUGUCGUGUAUAUGACCUGCGGCUUCACGCCUGCAUAUCAUGCGUCUACUUUGGCUGUUACCAAGACAGCCACAUCCAGAGCCAUGCGGUUGCCAAUGAACACUGGCUUGCUGUAGAUCUUACAUAUGGUAUGAUCAACUGCUUUGCAUGUGGAGAUUAUGUGUAUGACAAGGAAGUAGACAAGAUUGCAAAGAAACUAGGCAACAGGUCUUCCACACCAGUGGUGCUAAAUCAGUUUGCCAUUUGGCAGCCAAACCACAGAGAACUAGACCUCCUGAGAAGAAAUGUAAAGAGGAGAAGGGUAGAGGAGACUUCUACUAUAGGUCUGAGAGGUCUGAUCAACCUGGGAAACACAUGUUUUAUGAACACCAUAGUUCAGGCACUGAUUCAUACACCUGUCUUGCGGGACUACUUUCUGGCGGAUAGACAUGUGUGUCAGAUGGUGAAGGAUGGCAAUGAGCAGUGCCUUGUGUGUGAAUUGUCUAACAUCUUUCAGGAGUUCUACUCUGGGAUCAGCUCCACGUACAUUCCGUAUCGCCUGUUACACCUGGUAUGGACAAGUGCGCGUCACCUGGCCGGCUAUGAACAACAGGACGCACACGAGUUCCUCAUAGCUGCCCUUGACCUUCUCCAUAGGCAUUGCAUAGCGGGCCCGAAUGGUCGAAGUGGCAGCAGCCCCCACAACUGCCAGUGCAUUAUAGACCAGAUCUUCACUGGCGGCCUACAGUCUGACGUCACAUGUCAAAUGUGCAAUAAUGUAUCCACAACAAUAGAUCCUAUAUGGGACAUAUCUUUAGACCUUGGACCAGGCUUAUAUAAUGGCACACCACCACCGGUCCCACCAGUGACAGGUUACUCAAACAGCCCAGGAAACUACGAUCCUACCUCACUUUUAGACUGCUUGAAGAGAUUUACGAAGCCAGAGCACUUGGGGAGCCUGGCGAAGAUAAAGUGUAGUAGCUGUGGCUGUUACCAGGAGUCUACAAAACAAUUAACAAUGAAGAAACUGCCCAUCGUUGCUUGCUUUCACUUGAAGCGCUUUGAGCAUUCUACGGGUUACCACAAGAAGAUCUCGACAUAUAUGUCCUUUCCCGAGGAGCUAGACAUGACGCCUUUCAUGUCCUCAUCAAAACCCACCACUAACGAUAUCAACGGCACUACCAAAGGGCUUUCAUGUAAAAACAAGUACUCACUGUUUGCAGUUGUGAACCACAGCGGCACGAUAGAGUGUGGCCACUACACGUGUUAUAUACGACAGCACAAGAACCAGUGGUUCAAAUGUGACGACCACCUCAUCACUCGCGCCUUACCUCAAGAAGUCUUAAACAGCGAAGGCUAUCUUCUGUUCUACCAUAAGCAGAUCUUGGAGUAUGAAUGAUGACAGGAACAUUAGCUUCUGGUCCGUACAGUAUUACAAUAGAAGAUACAGAUGCCACACAGCUCAACGCGUGGUGUACAUUAUACACACAGGGUCUCCAUUCAGAGGCAUUAUCGUUGUCUGUCUGUCUGCAUGCUUAGUCGUGUUGUUUAUGAGUAUGUGAGGGGCCAAUAUUAACUAACGUCUUGAGUCUAAAUUUAAGACGCAGACUCAGAAUUGCUAAUUUUUAGAAGUUACAAAAUAUCCUUAAUAUAUAUUUUUUCCGCAAAAGAUGUGUAAAUAUUUGUUAAAUUAUUUUCUAGUAGAGAUACCGAAAAACCCCGACCAAUAUUGCUCUUCUUAUAGAAGUUUUACAAUGUAAGUAAAAUUUUAAGUUUUGAGUCUUGAAAGAAGACUCUAGACAUUAGUGAACAUGGCCCAAGGUGUUGUUAAGGUACAUUCGCUUAGUGUUUUACUUACAGGGGAGAGUUUGAUACUAGUGAGAACAUACAAAGUACAUGUAGUUUACAAAACUCUCUUUACGUGAUAGCGAAAUGCUACAUUAAUGAUUUGUAGCUCCAUUUGCUCUUUAGAAUUUCAUGGAUUAUAAGGGGGAGCACACUUAAUAGUUUUUCAAUGCGUCAUGGAAUGGGAAUAUACCAGCGAAUGAAAGAAACUGUGCAUGAUGAGAAAUUAAGCAAAAUUUUAUAAAGUGAUUUUUGCUGAUGAAACGUUGAUUACGGUAUCACAGCUUUUUAAAGCUGCACUCUCACAGGUUUACCGGUUUUAUAACUUUGUUUAUUUUUUGUCUUGGAAUGAGCAAAUAUGUGCGUAAACAUUUACAAACCAGUGAUAAAAGACUGCAGACAAAAGAUCAGAUCGCAGAUUCUCAAAUUUUCGU